AUGGCAGCCAGCUCAGACAUCCACUUGUACACUGCUCAGACGCCCAAUGGCAUCAAGGCGUCCAUCCUACUGGAGGAGCUGGGUCUGCCAUACAAGGUGACGGCAGUCGACAUAAGCAAGAAUGUCCAGAAGGAGCCAUGGUUUCUCGCGAUCAACCCCAACGGCCGCAUCCCUGCUAUGACGGACAAGUUCACCGAUGGCUCGAUUAUCCGCCUCUUUGAGAGCGGCUCCAUCCUCCAGUACCUGGUGGAUCGCUAUGACACUGAGCACAAGGUCUCAUACCCCCAAGGUUCCAAGGAAUACUACGAAGUGAACAACUGGCUCUUCUGGCAGAUGGGAGGUCUAGGACCCAUGCAGGGCCAGGCCAACCAUUUCUCCCGCUAUGCCCCUGAGAAGAUCCAGUAUGGUAUUGACAGUUGUUGGGGUUGGGUAGCUAGCCAUCACUGGGCUGGCAUCGAGCUCGACGAUAUGCCCUCACUGAAGGCUUGGCUCCAGAAGCUGCUGCUUCGGCCAGGCCUAGAGAAGGGGCGCCACGUGCCAAGUCCCCACACUGUAUUGGAAAUGGCAAGUCUCUCGGAGAAGGAGUUGGAGGAGAAGGCUGCAGCCGGACAAAGUCCUCUCUUCCACCUCAACCUCUCCGUGUCUCGCAAAACAACCACAUAUUCGCCAACCCAACAUCCGACUUUCAAGAUGGCUUGGCGGAAUCAAGGAAUCACGGGCUCGAACAAUAUCCCUUUGGGGAAGAUGCGCCGCUUUGGCGCCGACGCGUCGCCCGAGGACGACCGCCAUGGCAGCAGCCGCGCCAGCGAACGUCCCAGCGAAGACCACGAUCUGAAGCGCGGUCGCAGCCCCGAGCCGCGCAUCGACGCGGACGGAACGCGCCGACGCAGAAAGCGAAAUCGUUGGGGCGAGGCAUCGGACAACAAAGCGGCCGGCUUGAUGGGCCUCCCGACUGCUAUCCUGGCGAACAUGACAAGCGAGCAGCUCGAGGCUUACACCGUCCACCUGCGUAUCGAGGAGAUCACGCAGAAGCUCAAGAUCGAUGAUGUUGUGCCUGCGGAAGGAGACCGGUCGCCGUCUCCUCCUCCUCAGUACGACAACCACGGUCGUCGCAUUAACACCAGGGAGUACCGAUACAGAAAACGCCUCGAGGAAGAACGCCACAAGCUGGUGGAAAAGGCGUCCAAGAUCUUCCCCAACUACCACCCUCCCCAGGACUACCGUCGGCCCACCAAGACCCAAGAGAAGGUCUAUGUGCCUGUGAACGACUACCCGGAAAUCAACUUCAUCGGGUUACUCAUUGGCCCUAGAGGUAACACAUUGAAGAAAAUGGAGUCCGAGUCAGGAGCGAAAAUCGCCAUUCGUGGAAAGGGCUCGGUCAAGGAAGGCAAAGGUCGAUCGGAUGCUGCCCACUCGAGCAACCAGGAGGAAGACCUUCAUUGCCUGAUCAUGGCCGAUACGGAGGAGAAGGUGGAGAAGGCCAAGGCGCUCAUCCACAACGUCAUUGAAACGGCCGCCUCCAUUCCAGAAGGUCAAAACGAGCUGAAGCGUAAGCAGCUGCGCGAACUAGCAACGCUGAACGGUACUCUGCGUGAUGACGAAAACCAAGCCUGCCAGAAUUGUGGACAGAUUGGCCAUCGCAAAUACGACUGCCCCGAGAAGCAAAAUUUUACAAACAUCAUAAUAUGCCGCGUGUGUGGCAAUGCAGGACAUAUGGCUCGAGACUGUCCCGAGCGUGCCAGAGGGACGAACUGGCGCAACGAUGGGCCGCCUGUACGCCCUGCCGGCCGGCUGGGCCCCAGCAGUGGCGGAGAUGUCGUCGACCGCGAGUACGAGCAACUCAUGCAAGAGAUUGGAGGUGGCUCGAGCGCACCAGCACGGAUCGAAGCCGGCCCUGGGUCUGCCGGCAACGGAGACGGCAAGCCGUGGCAGCGAGGCCCAACAGGUGGACCGGCUCCUUGGCGACGAAGCAACGGCCGCGACUCCGAGGGUGGUCCUGGCGGUCCCGGAGGGCCUGGCGGAUCUGGCGGUCCUGCCCCAUGGGCCCGUGAUCGCGGCUACCGAUCCAACGACAACCGCAACGGCGGCGACUACAACGGCGGCGGAUCUGGAGGUGGAUCUGGAGGCUAUGGAGGCGAAGCGAACGGCGGAGGAAACGGCGGUGCUGCGCCCGGCCUUGCUCCGUGGCAUCAGGCUCCAGGAGCCCAGUCUUAUCCUGGCUACUCCAGCUAUGGUGCUCCGCCUCCUCCUCCUGGCAUGGGUCCCCCUCCUGGACUUGCCCCUGCCGGGCUUCCUCCGCCACCUGGUGCUCCCGGGUUGGGUCCUUCUGCCGGAGUUGCGAAUGGUCUUAACGCUCUUAUUCAGCAGUAUUCUGGUUCAGGCGGACCUCAGCCACCACCUCCUCCUCCGCCAGGCGACGCUCCCCCGCCUCCUCCCAGCGAUUUACCUCCUCCACCGCCUCCUCCUGGGGCUUAG